AUGGAUAGCCACAGUCCCAUAAUAGUCCGUCUCCAAGGCCAUAUCGCCGUUGUAACCCUCAACCGUCCUGAUAAGCUUAACGCACUGGAUCAGGACAAUUAUUAUCAACUUGGUAAAAUUUUCCGCCACCUGGAGAAAACACCCGACGUUACCAUUACGGUCCUCACCGGCACAGGGCGAUACUUUUCAGCCGGUACAGAUGUCGGCUCUGCCUUCCGAAACGGACCCUACGGAACAGAUAUGCGGCGCAACAUGAGUGGCACUUUGUUUAACAACCUGGACCUCACUCAUACCCUUGCCAACUUUCCAAAGAUCCUGAUCGUGGCACUGAAUGGGCCCGUCGUGGGGUUUCCGGCGGCGCUCAUCGCGCAAGCAGACUUCAUCUAUGCAGCACCGCAUACCUUCCUCCUCACACCAUUCUCAUCGCUCGGUGUUGCAGCGGAAGGUGCGGCUUCUCGUUCUUUUGUGCAGCGCCUUGGUAUGUCCAAAGCAAACGAGGCUUUGAUCAUGAGCAAGCGGAUUUCCUGCGAGGAACUGGUUGCCUGCGGCUUCGUCAAUGGAGUGGUGACUUCUCCUUCGGGGAAGCCAGACGACUCGGUCGGUUUUCUGAAGCAAGUACUUGAUGAAGUGCAUAGGCGAUUUGAUUCACUUGCAGCAAGGUCUUGUGUUGUAGGCAUUAAGGACUUGAUCCGUAAACCAGAGAGAAUGAUAAAUGUCCAACAAAACUGCCUCGAAGUUUUUGCGGGACUGGAUAUGGUCGCAACAGGCGUGCCCGAGCAACACGUUCAGGCGCUGGUGGAAGGACAAAAGAAGCAUAAAUUGUGA